AUGGUCUACAACAGCCCCACGAUCCAGAACGGCCGUCUCAUUGCAGCCCACCGGCGCAGCGCCUACUUCAACGGCCGGCUUUACCGCGUCUCUGAACUCAUCCAACAUCCGGCUCGAAUUACUUUCCGCGAGUUCUGCAUCUUGAUUUGGCUCGUGUAUGCCUUGUUCCGCGGGUUCUGCUGUGCUCGGAGCAUCCUGAUCUUGGUCGGAUACGUGGAUACAUAA